AUGUCAUCUAAUACAAGUAAAAGGAAAGGUAAUAAUUCAACAUUUCAACAGGUGUUGAAUAGAACAUUUUAUAAUGUUCGAAAAUCUGGUAAUUAUUGUGGUGGUGGUCGUUUAACAGAUAUUCAUGAUCCUAAGAUGAUGAUAAAUGGUAUACAAGAACAUAUUACAUUUCCAUUAGUACCAUCACAAUUAAAAUUAAUUAUUGAAAAAUGUUCAUUAGCACCAUUCGGUAGACAAGAUAAAACAAUGUUAGAUAUAUCGGUUCGUCAUACAUGGCAAUUAGAUCCAUCAUCAUUUCUAAUAACAAAUUCAGAAUGGAACAUUCAUACAUUAAAUAAUUUAAAAUCAAAAAUUGUUUCUGAUUUAGGUUUGCAUAAUGAUUGGAUUAAAAAUGAUUUAAUUGAUUUACAAUUAUAUAAAUUAUUAUUAUAUGAAAAAGAUAGUUUUUUUAAAAUACAUCGUGAUAGUGAAAAAGUAGAUGGUAUGUUUGGUACAUUAGUUAUUAUUUUACCAUCAUAUUAUAAGGGCGGAGAAUUUGUCAUCAAACAUAAUAAUCAAGAACAAAAAUUUGAUUAUUCAUCAACAAAAUAUAAAUAUGAUUAUUACUAUUUGGUUUUUUAUGCUGAUUGCGAACAUGAAAUUCUUCCAAUAACAGAUGGCUAUCGUUUAUCAUUAGUUUAUAAUAUUGUCGUCAAUAAAGAAAAAUCACAUUUAUGUGCAAAAAUACCAUCUUCUCCUUUAAAUGAAAAAUAUGUUCAAAAUGUUUGUCAAGCUUUAAUAAAAUGGUCUAAAACUAUGAAUAGUCCAUCAAAAUUAAUUAUUCCUUUAAAACAUAAAUAUACAAAAGCAAAUAUGUCGCCAAAUUUAUUAAAAAGUAAAGAUCACACAAUUGCUAGUUUAUUGAAACGUUCAAUAGCAGAAUUAAACAAAAAUGAUUCAAAUCAAAAGUAUUUAUUAUAUUGUGGAAUGUUGUAUUAUAAAAUUCCAAAAAAUGAAGAAGCUUAUAACUCAAAUGAUCCACUAGAGAGAACAAUUGGAGACACAGAUGUUGAAAAUUUAAAACCUUUAUAUGAAAUAGAUGACAAUUAUUUUCAAAAAAUAUGUGAAAUAUUUCAUAUGCCUAGAACAUCUGUUAUCUCAGUUGAUGAAACAGAUUUUAUAAAUAAAGAACCAGAAUGGAAAUCAUUAGAACCAUUCAAAAUCGUCGAAGAAGAAACAGGUAAUGAAGGCACCAUAGAGAAAUAUUGGUAUCGUAUGGGUAUUUUAUUAUUAAUUCCAUAUAAUUGGAAAUGGUGUUUACUCAACGAUGAUUUCAUACUAGAUGGAUUUUAUAAAAUGUGUCAAACUGUAAAAAAUGAUGAAAAUCAAAUAAAACUAAAACAAGCAUGUAUUGAAUUAGUUAAUUAUAUUUUAUAUCGUAUGAACAGACGAAGAUAUGAAUAUCUUGAAAAUUUUGAUUCAAGAGAAUUGCUUAAUUCCCUAUUAUUGUUAUAUAAUUUAAAACUCGAUGAUAAUCAAUCUGUUUUAAAUGCUCUUAUUUCAACAAUUAAAAAUCAUUCAUUUACUCAAGGUCUAUUUUGGUACGAGAGUAUGCACAAUGUAAUAUACAACGCUGGCAAUGUAAUUGGUUGGCAUCAAAUUGGAAUUUAUAUCUAUGAUGCAUUUAAAAUAUCUUUAAAAAGAAGCACUAUUGCACAAUCUGUGAAAUUUUUAAUCUCUUUUAUUUCAAGUAUGUUAAUCGUUUUAAUUUACUUAGGAACAUAG